GGAGCAGACCUGGACUCAGCUGUGCAACUUUCCUCAUCCCACUGUUGAGCCGGACCACCUCUGUUUGUAGCCACCAUGGUGCACUGGACCGCCGAAGAGAAGCAACUCAUCACUUGCUUCUGGAGCAAAGUUGAUGUGCCCACUGUGGGUGGCGAGGCCCUGGCCUGCAUGAUGGUCAUGUACCCCUGGACCCAGAGGUUCUUUCCUGAUUUCGGCAACCUCUCCAGUGCCACAGCCAUCUGUGGCAACCCUCGGGUCAAGGCACACGGCAAGAAGGUGCUCACCUCCUUCGGGGAUUGCAUCAAGAACUUGGACAACAUCAAGGAGACUUUUGCCAAGCUGAGCGAGCUGCAUUGUGACAAGCUCCACGUGGACCCAGAGAACUUCAAGCUCCUGUGCAGCACCCUCCUUAUCGUCCUGGCCGGUCACUACGGGAAAGACUUCACCCCGGCCUGCCACGCCGCCUACCAGAAGCUUAGCAAUGUGGUGGCCCAUGCCUUGGCCUACCGGUACCACUGAGAAGCCACCACCAUCAGGGAGAAGCGGCCACCUUGCCCCCUUGCCUUGGUCCGGGGGGGGGGGGGGGGGGGGGGGGGGGGGGGAGAGCCCCCUUGCCAGCCCCACAUCCCCUCCUGACCUGACCACCGAAUAAAAGCCAACCCCCUGCAACCUGA